AUGUUUCCACUCCAUUUUCAUUACGAAGAUGUAUCACGCCAAGAUCUGUUGCUCAAACCGAAUCACGCCAACGUUAUGGAAGUUCCAGGAUUGUGUGAAAUAAGAUUAGUACCAAGCUCUUCUUUCAGAAUCAAAAAUGGAAAAUUGGCUAUGGAGAUUCCGUGCGGCCAGAGAUUCAUAUAGCCUAAAAGGGGUCCCUUUUUCAAAGCGGGAAAGUUGUUUUGAUCAAAUUUUAGGGCCGAAAAAGACACUGGAUAUAUCAGUGACUUUGCACGACAAAGCACUCUCCGAGGGCAUGGAAUGUCACAUUUUUUUGUCAGAAUCUCGACAGUAAUGUCUCUGUUAGCUUCUCCGGUCGAAAUACGGGAAAACCCCAUUCAAUUCUCGAUGGAAACGGAGUUUUGUGAAUUCUCACCGGAACUGGAAGAUCAUUUCGAGAUCUUCGAGUGUAUUCGAGGAUUCAAUGUGACUAUUGUCACUUCGGCCAAGACAAAAGAUGAGACGUUACCACCGUGGAGCGGCUUUUUACAAAAAGAUGAGGGGGAAAGUCAGUAA